UCACGGUAGUGAAUACGGGUGGGAAAACAAACCCGGCAUGGCGGCGCACGGACAGGUCCGAAGCUGACAGCCUAGCAGAGGAAUAAUGUGGACGACAUGAAACACAGACAUGUGGAGGUUCACAGACGGAUUAAGAUGUUGAUGAGGUUUAAAAAGCUGCUUAAAGGGACGCAGGAUGGCGGCUGACAGAGGAGCAGGUCACCGUGUGUGAUUCACCUGGACACAAAACACUGUAAUCCUGUGGAGAAGGAACUCCAUCACAGAUGAAUCCAGGUAAAGGGGCCGUGAGCUGGAGGCCACAGCCCUGGCAGGAUGCUGAUGGUUUAGGUGGUGAACCGCUUUCAGACAGCGACUCAGAGGAAGAAGAUUUCCCAGAUGACACAACUACCCCAUUAGGAGAGUACAUCACUGAGGGCUUAAAGCAGCUACUUGAUGCUCAGCAGUUGUGUGACGUCACUCUUUUAGUGGAGGGAAGGAAGUUCAUGUGCCACAGAGUUCUCUUGGCUGCUGUCAGCCCGUACUUCCGUGCCAUGUUCACCAGCCCCCUGGUGGAAUCUCGGCUCGCUGAGAUCCGUUUGGAGGAGGUGACGCCGUCGGUCAUGGAGACGGUUAUUCAGUUCAUCUACACAGGGGAAGCAGGGCUGAGCCUCGAGACAGCAGAGGACUUGUUUGUAGCAGCCAACCGUCUCCAGGUGAUGCCCUUACAGAAUCUGUGUUCAAGGUUCCUCUUUGAGCACCUUUCUGUGGAGAACUGUUUGGGGAUGUACUCUUUGGCCCGCUCGCAUCAUGACCAGCUGUUGCUCAGAGCCUCCUUGAGACUGGUGGCUCAGCAUUUCCCUCGAGUGGCACGACAGCGAGACUUUCUCCUGUUGGACCCGGGCACUUUGGAAAGCCUCCUGGAGUCGGACCGACUCGGAGUGGAGUCUGAGACGGAGGUGUACGAUGCGGCACGGCGCUGGGCAGAGCACCGGCCCGCCGAACGCUACGUCCACAUGCCCACCCUGCUUCGUCAUUUGCGCCCGGGUCUGCUGGCCCCAGAGGAGAGCCGGCGGCUCAGUAAAGAGCUUGGGCGGAGGGCAGGCACUGAGGGUAUGGGAGGUCCUCUGAGGCCCCGGGAGGGCAUGCUGGAGAAGAAGAUUGUUUGCGUGGACCUUAAGCCCAGGGAAGACGAAGCUUUACGAGAGAGUGACUACACAGUGGAUUGUUUUGACCCACGCACAGGAAAGUGGGAGAAACUUUCAGCUCUGGGAUCUUUGCUGUGUCCAGGCUGCACAGCCGUCGGUGGCCGGCUCUUUGUAGCUGGCGGCAUUUUAAGAACAGGGCAGGUUUCAUCGUCAAUGCACGAGUAUGACGUAGUGCUGGACCGCUGGAUAUCACGGCCAUCCAUGGAGCAGCCACGUGCCAUGUUUGGCCUCCUGGGCUCCGGGAACUUUCUCUAUGCCCUGGGUGGCUGCAACCGAUCGGCCCUACUCGACACUUGUGAAACAUUUGACCUCACUACAUUAACGUGGGCACCGGGUCCCCGUUUGCCGUUGCCGCUGCGCUCUUUUGCCUGCUCCACACUACGAGGCCGACUGUACUUGCUCGGAGGUGCCACGUUGGAGCAGAACAGGGCCAUGGUGCAUGCUGGAGUGCUCAUCUAUCACACCAGUACGAGGACCUGGAAUCGUAUCGGCCUUGAUUCCGGUGCCACCUGCCUGGCUGGAGGAGUAGCGGUACGUGGAGGAGUGUGUGCUGUGGGCGGGUACAUGCGCGACGCUGCUAAAUUUUUGGAUGGCAAUUACACCCAGCUGGAACCGCUCGACGCCACUGGGCGAGUUCUGUUUUUCCGAGAAGGAAGGGCGGCCGGGACGGAGCGAGACGUAAUGGCCGGAGUGGAGAGGAUGGGAGGUGGCGGAAGCGACCGUGCUCCCAGUCCGGUUGUUUUUCCAGGUCUGCCACGGCGCAUAGCUGCUGCAGGCGUAGCGAGGUGGAAGCGCAGGAUUUACGUGCUGGGUGGUGAGAAUGGCUCACGGUUUUAUGAUAGCGUGUACUGCUGGAAGCCUGGCUGGCGGAGCUGGGUCCAGAGACGUGAGAAACUACCAGGAGAUACAGGUGGAGUGAGCCAGUUUGGGUGCACCACUCUAAAGUUCCCCAAAAAACACAUCUUGGCACGAAUUAGAACAGCACUGGAGAAGCAGGGGAAGGAAAAGCGACGGAAACGGAAGACAGAUGUGGAAGGAGACCGGCACACCAGGAGGGCAAAUCAGGAGGUGUGAU